CAAGAAGUUUGAGAGAAGAAAAAUUUCAGAAAAAUUGCUUCGGUUUGAGUAGAACAUCAGUGAAUGAAGAAAAACUGAAGCACUUUUCCUAAAGAAAAUCUAGGUACACAGUAACUUCACAGACUUAGCUGAAGGUUUUUACCCAAAUUGGCCACUGGACUCUGCUGUCUUGAUACUUGAACGAACUAUUUGGAAUUUUUCUCAUGUGGAUCUAAGGGGAAUGCUUUAUUAUGGCUGCUGUUGUCCAACAGAACGACCUAGUAUUUGAAUUUGCUAGUAACGUCAUGGAGGAUGAACAACAGCUUGGUGAUCCAGCUAUUUUUCCUGCCGUAAUUGUGGAACAUGUUCCUGGUGCUGAUAUUCUCAACAGUUACGCUGGUCUAGCCUGUGUGGAAGAGCCCAAUGAUAUGAUUACUGAGAGCUCACUGGAUGUCGCUGAGGAAGAAAUCAUAGAUGAUGAUGAUGAUGACAUCACUCUCACAGUUGAAGCUUCUUGUCAUGAUGGGGAUGAAACAAUUGAAACUAUUGAGGCUGCUGAGGCACUCCUCAAUAUGGACUCUCCAGGCCCUAUGCUGGAUGAAAAGCGAAUAAAUAAUAAUAUAUUUAGUUCAUCUGAAGAUGAUAUUGUUGUUGCCCCAAUCACCCAUGUGUCCGUCACAUUAGAUGGGAUUCCUGAAGUGGUGGAAACUCAGCAAGUGCAAGAGACAUAUGCAGACUCACCAGGAGCCUCUUCACCAGAACAACCUAAGAGAAAGAAAGGGAGAAAAACUAAACCACCACGACCAGAUUCCCCAGCCACAACACCAAACAUAUCUGUGAAGAAGAAAAACAAAGAUGGGAAGGGAAACACAAUUUAUCUUUGGGAGUUUUUACUGGCACUGCUCCAGGACAAAGCUACCUGUCCUAAAUAUAUCAAAUGGACCCAGAGAGAAAAAGGCAUUUUUAAAUUGGUAGAUUCUAAAGCAGUAUCCAGGUUGUGGGGAAAGCACAAAAACAAACCUGAUAUGAAUUAUGAGACCAUGGGAAGAGCACUCAGGUACUAUUACCAAAGAGGUAUUCUGGCAAAAGUGGAAGGUCAGCGCUUGGUCUAUCAGUUUAAAGAUAUGCCAAAAGAUCUUAUCUAUAUAGAUGAUGAGGAUCCAGGUUCCAGCAUAGAAUCUUCGGAUCCAUCAUUAUCUUCAACAACCACUUCAAGUAGGAAUCAAGCAAGCCGAUCGAGAGUAUCAAGUCCAGGGAUAAGAGGAGGAGCCACUACAGUUCUAAAACCAGGGAAUUCUAAAGCUACAAAACCCAAAGAUCCUGUGGAAGUUGCACAGCCAUCAGAAGUUUUGAGGACAAUGCAGCCCCCACAGUCUCCAUAUCCUACCCAGCUCUUCCGGACUGUUCAUGUAGUACAGCCAGUACAAGCUGUCCCAGAAGGAGAAGCAACUAUAACCAGUAGUAUGCAGGAUGACACAUUAAGUUCUUCUGUUCAGAGUAUUAGGACUAUACAGGCUGCCACCCAAGUUCCAGUGGUCGUGUCUCCUGGGAAUCAGCAGUUGCAUACUGUAACACUCCAGACAGUGCCACUCACAACGGUUAUAGCCAGCACAGAUCCAUCAUCAGGUGCUGGAUCUCAGAAGUUUAUUUUACAAGCCAUUCCAUCAUCACAGCCCAUGACAGUACUGAAAGAAAAUGUCAUGCUACAGUCACAGAAGCCAGGCUCUCCUCCUUCCAUUGUCUUUAGCCCUGCUCACGUACAGCAGGUUCUUACUAGCAAUGUUCAGUCCAUUUGCAAUGGAACCGUCAGUAUGGCUUCAUCUCCAUCCUUCAGUGCUACUACACCUGUGGUGACCUUUUCUCCUCGAAGUUCACAACUGGUUGCUCACCCACCUGGCACUGUAAUCACUUCAGUUAUCAAAGCUCAAGAAACAAAAACUCUUACACAGGAAGGAGAGAAAAAGGAGGUUGAAGAUCAUUUGAAAGAAGAUACUGAGAAAACUGAGCAACCGCCACAGCCUUAUGUGAUGGUGGUAUCCAGUUCCAAUGGAUUUACCUCCCAGGUAGCUAUGAAACAAAAUGAACUGCUGGAACCCAACUCUUUUUAAUUAACAUGCCAGAGAACUUAUGGAUAAUUAUUUUUUAAUUGAACAUUUUCAGCUGUAUGCAAACUAGCUGAUUGAUUGUAAGGUAAAUUCUACAGAGGUUCCUAAUUUUGUAAUUGUUAAAAAUAAUUUAGAGUUAAUUUUGACUUUGUUAGAUGAGGGAGGAAAACCCAAGUGUUUCUCUUUGUUUUCCAAAUGUUUUAGAAUUCAGUUGUGAAGGAACAUGCAUUUUAUACUAUGAAGACAUUCUUUUGAAUUUUUUUUCCAGUUUCUAUAUCAUAAGCAUUUAUAAACUUCUUUUCUAAUUUUACAUUGUAUUAGCUUUUCUGAUUCUUUUGUAAAUACAGUACUUAAAUAUAAGGCAACAGGAAAUUUAUAUAGGAACUGUUUUCAUUCCACUUGUAUAUGUUAAGUCUUGACUCUUUCAAAUGCAAGAACCCUAUUUUAUACUUUGUUAAAAUUAUGAUGUCACUUAGAUUGACUUUAGUUGGCUACACUGUAUAAUGAAUUAUGAAUAUGUAAGAUAACAUUAAAAGUUUAAACAUGCCCAUGAUAUCUCUGAACUGUUUCAGAAGUAGGAUAGUAUGAAAGCAUCAGCCUAGGAGUGGCACUCCCACUAACUAGCUGUGUAACCUUGGCAAGCCACUUGAUCUUUUUGGGCCUUAGUUCUUCUCAUAAAAGGAAGGGAUGCAUUGGAGUAGACUAGAAAUUGGAGUAGAAAUUGAUUUCCAAUUUCUCUUCUACUUCUAAAUUUUAUGAUUCUAACACAUAUAUUUUAAAGUUAUGUCAGUUAAUAAAUCAUUAUCAGUUUAUUUCCCAAUGUAAAUAUAGCUACAAUAUUGCAGAAAAAUAAGCGGCCUCACAAAAUUCAUUCUUCUAUUAUCAGUAAGAUCUGCCAUAAACUCUUCCUAAGUACUCUGUUCAUUAACUCUGUGGACCACUAUGCACUGUGGUCCAUUAGUAAACUUAUGUUGCUGAAUGCUAAGUGAUACAUUGCUAUUCUGAGAGUCAAGGCUCUUUCUUAAUGGCCAAGAAAGAACUUGAGCCUUGGGUUAAUCUGGCUGACUUGUCAGUUGUUAUAAAAGCAUAAUUGCUUUAUAUUUUGGAUAAUUUUUUAUUGGAUAUGGGGGGAGGAGUGAACUGCAUACAAAGAUAACAUACAUAUAUAUCCAAGUUUCUGAAAUAAAAUAGUCUUUAGAUUACUUUUUGAACUGUAAAUAAUGUACAUUUAGCAUCACAAGAAAAAUUGUUUUCUGCAAAUUUUUUAGUAUAUUUAGUAUAGCAGAGAAAUUUUUGUAGAUGAAAAAUCAUUAUGUUAGAGUUCUAAUGUUACAUGUUUUCAUAUUACAGAGUGAAUUUGUAUUUUAAAAAUUUAAAUUUUUGAAUCCUCUAAACAUUUUUGUAUCUUUAAUUGGUUUAUUAUUAAAUAAAUCAUGUAAAAAUUCUCAGUUUCUGUUUUCAGGCAAAUAUUUCUUAAAGAACAAGGGUACAGAGAAUGGUGCUAGUAUUUAUUUAUAUGUUUAUAUAACAAACUUCAUUAGUCAGAAUUGCA